AAAGACAGUAUGCCUUCAAAGGUUAUUGGAGGAUAUGCAGGCUGCUUUGGUGUGUGAGCUGCACAGUGGUGGGUAGUUCAAGAACUCGCAGUUUGGAAUCCCCCCGUAUUAAGCUUAUUAUUAAUAAGCGUCUGCUAACCAACGAAUGUAAUUUUGUCAUAGCCUAUAUUAUUAGGAGGUUAUACAGACAGCUUGAAAGCCACGCGGCAGAUAUUGCGCGUGUUCCUCCCUGACUUUCGUGCCAGGAGAACAGGGGUGUUCUUUUUUAAUUCAUCCAACACUUAUUGCGCGUGUGCGUGGCCAAUAUUUGGAAAGUUCUGAAGCUGCAUCAAUCUUCCAGAAGUUGCUAGCUGCAUAAAAGUGGAUACAGGUUGUGUGUGUGUGCGCGCGUGUGUAUGAAUAAUUCGUUAUGGGUAGGCUACAAAAAUCUAAUUGCUGAAUGUUGCAACAUAUAAAAAAUUGCUUGUUCUGAGACUCACAAAAAGAAUUAGAAUCCUCUCCGUUAAUUUCCAACAUUGACCGUCCUCCCCCAUCACCCCACCCCUGUAGCCAAACCUACACCCUACAGACGUGCAGGCUUCUCUACGAGAUGACCGAUCGUCAAGCAGUCUUAGUUUUACACGGGAGGAAACACACGGGGCACGGCCGCCGUACGGGAGUCAAAUUCCAACUCCGAGCUUAACGCGGCGAUCUGCAAACGGACCUUCAGGAACGGGAGAGUAACUUCGUCGCGGAGGUUCACGGACACGUUUUUAGACUUACCCUAUUAAGCGUUUCGCUCAAGUAUUGUGAGGGCUGUCCUUUUUUUUUUCAAGUUUCGGCAAUCUAUGAACUUUGAUUUGGAAUGAGAAUUCGUCAGUGGUUUAUUCUUCAAUGUGCUAAUCAACUUUGUGGAACAGCGUGUGAUGGAAAACGCAGGCAAGAUUGUGACCUGCUGACCGUGAGAGCGUCCAUCGAGGACCCAUCUGAGGGUUCCACCCCAACUUCACCCCCAUGCUGGACGUGGCCAUGCCCGAGGACCCAAACACCGCCGCCAUGACAGUCCCCGCCGCCCCCGAGAGAGUCCUUGUGGAGAAGCCCGCCGGAAACGCCAACGACCCUUCCUCCCCCGUCGCCGCGGCGACGCCGUCCACAACCGUGCCGCUCGUCAACGAGAUCCAGCUGACCGCCGCCACCGGUGGGGCGGAGCUCUCCUGCUACCGGUGCACGGUGCCGUUCGGCGUGGUCAUCCUCAUCGCAGGCGUGGUGGUGACGUCCGUGGCUUACAGCUUCAAUUCCCACGGUUCUACCAUCUCCUACUUUGGUCUGGUGCUCCUUUCUGCUGGGCUUGUUCUGCUGGCGGCUAGCGUGGUCUGUUGGAAGGCCAGGAUGGAGAGGAAGAAGGAAAGGCGGAGGGAGAGCCAGACCGCCCUGGUGGUUCACAGGAGAAUCCUCUUUGCCUAAGUGAGGGCAAAGAAAAGUUUGCGAAGUUCUGUUGAAACUUGGGUGAGGGGGGGGGGGAAUUAACAACAAAAACAUACUCUCUACUCUUUGUUUUAAAUAAUGAUGCUCCCUGAAUUGAAGACAAGGAACCCGGACAGAGGAUGAAUGAGACGGAAGGGACGUGAGAUCCACGCAGCUGGGGGGAUGCAGUGAUGAGAGCGCGGGGCCCUUGACUCAGUGUCGGGCCUCUGAGGAUCGUUCUAAAUGAGGUCUCAAUGAGAAUCCUUCAGCAGCUGGAGCAGAUGUCGUCAUGGCGCACCAUGAAGCUGUAUCAUGCAUGACGGAGUGCGACGUGGACUCUCUGUCUCUGAGGUUACAGCACCACGGUCUGCCUUCGUUUUUACACUCAUCAAACGGACUGCAGCUAGGCUAACAUACUACAGCUAUGCUAACAGACUGCGGCUAUCCCAUUAGACUGUCUGCAGCAAUGCUAAUAUACUCUGUCGAAGGCUAACAGACUACAACUGGGCUUACUGACUGCGGCAGGGCCACAUCUGGUCAUCUGGGCAGUCUGUCAAAAUGAAUUUAUCAGAAUUAAGACAACUAGUGCACAGUGCCCGUGAUGCAGUUGGUGCGAUGUCAGUGAAACACACAAAUACAGAUUACUUGAACUAUAGAUAGUACACAGUGCCUGGGAUAAAAUUGGUGACGCACGCACACGCAAACACACACACACACAGAUUCCUGGAAAUAGAGAUAGGUCACAGUGCCCGUGAUAAUGUCAGUGACACGCACAGAUGUCUGGAAUUAUAGAUAGAUAAUGCAGUGUCCAUGAUGCAGCUGGUGAUGACAGUUCUUCUCAGUGGCUUUGGUACCUAUAUUUCUCAGAUCACAAAUGAAAAUCUCUGUCAUCUCUGAAGUACUUGUUCAACUUAAUCUAUUCUGGUCACUUAUGCACAUCAUAAAAGCAAUUUCUCAUUAUGUUAAACAAAUUGCCAAUGCUCUUGUACAUUCAUUCAAAUGACAAUGUAGCCUUCAUUUGUCUACUGUUUCCUACGUUAUCAAUUGCUUAUGUCAUGUUGAUCAAAAUGUAUUAUAUUGGUUCUCUUUAAAAUUGUCUUACCACCACAAACAUCUUGACAUUUAGUUCAUAACAGAAGUCAUUACAUGCACAAUGGUGUAGCACCAUACAGCGCAUGCAUGUACAGGUCUGCCUAAAAGGUGUUUUCUAUGUUUACAUAAACAUUUGUAUCUUUUCCUUUGCGCUAUUCAAUGCUGUAAAAUAGGCUUGUAUUUUCUGUAUUGCAUUCACAUAAAUAAGACACGACAACUGA